CGCUACGAAUCGAAUCAAGGAACCCCCUUAUCCGCAGCUGGUGUCUCCGACAGGGUAGCUAUGCGUGCCUCGAGCACCCCACUUGGACAAAACAGCGAUCCAGGGUAUUUUAACCAAAUAACUAGUACUAUCCUUUCCUUUCUUACCAUCUGAGGGUGCUCCGAAGUUCCUUUAGGCAACACGCGGCUGUUUAUCAAGGGGGAAACACACAUUUAAAAUUUACAAGUACUAAACAAAAUUUAGGUGAUUACCGAAAUUUUUAACAUACUCAGAAUUGUUCAAUUUUGACAGCAUGACUUUCGGCAAUUUUUGUUCCCUAAAAUGAACUCGGCAUGCUCUCUAUACCACUAUCCUUUCACUGCUCCUUGCUUUACUUUCAAAUGGUACAUAAGCUUAGUAAUAUGCGUUUCACAGUUUGUCAUUUAUACGCAAUCUGACCUAUGACGAUGGCGCCAUUCCAUUGGCGGUGCCAGGAGGAGCAGCAUCGACGCCAAUUGGUCCAUCGCUGCCAGGUCAACAUUCCUUGGAGUUGGAACUGGACAGCGGCACCUUGGUCCUGCCGACGGAUGGGGAUGAAACCGCCGCAAUGGGACAGGCUGGUUUAUCAGUUGGGCGUUCUCGGCUCGUAGGAACCCCAUCAUUGACUCCCUUUCCGUCGUUCCAGCCCAGACUGCCGGUUAUUGAUGAGGAGCACCAUCGCCCGCUCACCCUCACCCUAACCAGGGCGUCACGUGAGCUGCAGAUGUCUUUGCCACCGGAAGAGGAGGCCAACGCAGUCAUAUUGGAAGAACCUGCGGCAGCUGUAGAGGUUGCUUUGCCAGUUGCAUUGCCAGUGACCCCUCCUUUGAGUCCGCCACGUGAAUGGAUCUGUGUUUUCCGGCCACGGGAUCAGUUGGUUAACUAUGUCGAAGGGCCAGCUCCCAGACGAGCAGCCAGGGUCCGACGUCCCCGAGUACGAGUUCCUCCUCGCCCUAUUGCAGUUCCCACUCCGCCAACAACACCGGAACAACCAAUCCGAGACGAGGAAGCAAUGCGAAGCAAUCGUCAUAUUGCCACCACUUUUAUGUCUGACUUCCUGCAGAAUGCUGCGGCGGUGGUGGAUCCUUCACGAGUGACAGAAGUGAUGCCUCCUCCAACCGAAAUAAAAUCUCCUGGAUUGCCGCAGAUAGAUCCAGCUAUAUCAGUUACCAACUCCAUGGAGUUGGUUCAUGAUCUUCAAAAGUUUUCCGAUUCUGGAGCUAGUAUGCCAUUAAAAGCUGCUUUCCAGGAUCUUGAAGUAGCUCCCUUGGAUAUUUAUGUUAACGCUCAAGAUCAGAUGGCUCCGUUUGAUUCGGCUACUGCCCUAUUACCUCCAAUAAAUUCUACUCCCAUCGUUCAGGAUCCAAAUAAGAUUAUAGUUGGUCCAAUAAAUUCUCAUGAAAUUAAACCAGAAAUGGUGGACAAAUCUAACUUACUGAAUACUUCGGUACAACUUACGACAAUGGAGAAUACGUCGAUACAACUAAUGCCAAUGGAAAACACAUCGGUACAUCUUAUGCCAACGGAAAAUACAUCGGCAGAAAAUACCUCGAUACAACUUAUGCCAAUGGAUAUUGACGAUGCCCCUCUGCAGGUUUCAAGCACAUUGGCUAAUAUGAGCGAUCAUGCCUAUGUGACUGAUGUGCAGGUACUGCCAACGCUGGAGAUUCAAUCUUUUAAUAUCGCUAGCAUAGAUGUAGAUGCUAGCCGAAAAAAAAUGGAUUCCACAGUGACAUCAACAGAAGGCCUUCAAACACAAAAGGAGCCUAGGACAGCAACGCAAAAUCCACUGAAUCGGGUGUCAAUUAAGGAUUUGGCUUUCAUUUCAAAACACGCUAGUAUGCUACGUCUAAUGGUGGAUCGUCACAAGCAACUCAGUGCAGAGGGAAAGUCCCGGUUGCUAUUUAAUCGCGAAGGCUUGUUUAGUUAUUAUUCCAUGCCCGCUGUUAAGGUCUACGAUCCAAAGAUCAUUAUAAACAUGGAAAAGGACAAGAUUCGGCUUGUCCAUGGCUUGUUUGAGGUCCUCAUCAGACAGCCUCAGGUGGAUAUGAAGAAUGCGUCCUUUAUUCGGAAUCGUAGAGAUGCGGUGAUCACAUGCCGUUAUUUACUUGAGCUUAAGACAGCAAAUUUCAUAAAUCUUAGUUCGGAUGGUAGAUUCUUUUCCCUUCGAUAAAAAAAAUACAUAACUAUAAUUUAUAAGAAUAUUAAUAGUCUCCUGAAAUUUUCUUUUUUAAUUUGAAAACAAAUUAUAUUUGAACUGUAAUGAAAUAUCUGGGAUUAUUAUAAAUAUGGAGAGAAAUUUUAAUUUAAUCAAUUUUAAAAUGUAUCUAUUGACUCUUAGUUCGGAUGAUAUAUAAUUUUUCCCUUUAUUUCCUA